GUGGGCGAAGGGUGGCGUGCUGCUGGAUGGAGCGAGGGAGACUGUGUUUGUCACCACGGCUGAUCACUCCUUCUUCACCGAGCCCGUGUCCUGCCAGGUCUUCAACGUGGUGGGAAGCACCAACGUCAGCAUCCUGGUGGACGUGCACUUUGGCCCCAUACUGGUCAUUGAGCCUCGGCCUGUGACAGUAGACGUGGACGCUGACGUCACUCUGAACUGCAAGUGGUCCGGAAACCCCCCCCUCACCCUCACCUGGACCAAGAAGGGCUCCAGCAUGGUGCUCAGCAACAAUAACCAGCUGUAUUUGAAGUCAGUGAGCCAGGCCGAUGCAGGCCAGUACGUCUGCAAGGCCAUCGUUCCCCGUAUUGGAGUCGGGGAGACGGAGGUUACACUCACCGUCAACGGUCAGUUACUAUUCAACUACUACUGA